UUGCUCACUCCCGAACGAACAAGCGCACACAUCCUAUGUGUUGGAUAUGGAGGUAGUACCUCUCGAUCUGUCCAGUACUUGAUCAUCGGACACGAUUGGGGUGCUUUUGUUUGGAAGCCCAAAUUGUCGUUGGAAUUACUCACGGAUUGAGUGAGGCCUAUAGAGUCCUACUGCAGUUCUCAGUGUGGUGAUUGUGACGUGGAGAGUGUUAGAUUUUAUGAAUUAGUAUCACUUCAUACAUUAGGCUACCUGCCAGACGAAUAAGUGAGUGGGGUGCCUUCAUGUGGUUGGUGUUAUUUUCGCCAUGAGCACCUCGCCCACGCCAUCCGUGGCGUCUUCGGUGGCCCCGAGUCUAGUGGGGGUCACCACGACUUUGGCUCACGGCCAUGGACCGCCUGCCAAUGGAAACACCCUCGGGAUGGGCGGGAUGCCAGCCAUGACGCUCGAAGGUUUGGACAAGGAGUGCUCCGCCCUGGGCGGCCUCUUCCAGCAAGUGGUCAAUGACAUGAAGAAUGGUGUUCCCUACUAUGAUGACUUCGUGAACAAGGCUAAUAAACUCCAUGGACAGCUCAAAUCCACGAUUUUGGUAUUGAGUUCGUUUUUGGAUACAUUUCAGAAGAUUGCCGAUGCAGCUACGAACACAAAAGGUGCUACGAGAGAAAUUGGAGCAUGCCUUACUCGCAUCGUCAUCCGCCACAAGGCCAUGGAAACCAGAAUGAAGACUCUUUGCAGUGCGUUGUUGGAAUGCAUGGUGGUGCCUCUGCAAGACAAAUUGGAAGAAUGGCGCAAGACCACUUCCAGUCUGGACAAGGACCAUGCCAAAGAGUAUAAAAAGCUUCGGGCUGAGAUCAAGAAGAAGAGCGAAAAUUCGCAGAGGAUCCAAAAGAAGAACCGCAAGAACAAGGACCCCAAAUCGCAAAUGAUUGUCGAGGCCGCGGUCAAAGACGUGAACAAAAGCAUGAAACAUCUCUCAGACACGGAGAAGAACGCGGUCCGUCGAGUUUUGAUGGAGGAACGAUCUCGAUAUUGCACUUUCGUGGCCUGUCUGAAACCUUUACUCGAUGAGGAAGUCUCCCUCGUGACUGAAUUCCAACAAUUGGAGGAGGUCUCGAAGAAGCUCUCCAGACACACGGAAGACCCUUUCAAGCUCCCUCCAGCUUCCGAACAAGUUAUUAACGAUUUGGCCACGAAUAGUGGCGAUUCCGCCUUCACGUUCCAAACUCCACCAUCCUCACCGUCAUCUUUGGGAUCGCGGAAGAGCUCCAUGUGUUCGAUUUCGUCAGCUGGAUCCUCGAAUAGUUCCUCGGUCCACCACUCGCCUUCACAUCAAAGUGGGGUCCAACUUCGGCACAGAUCCUUGUCACAGCUGCCCCCUGAGUUGCAGGAGGAAAUCAUAACCGCAAGUCAGGAGGCCCAUCACAAUCCGAGCUCCCUGGGACCUCAAAUGAUGCGUCUCUCCUCGAUUUCGUCACAAGACUCCGGAUUCACUUCACAAGACACGCUGUUCCUUCGCCCAAACAGUCCCUCUGGAAGGAGCAAGGGCUCUGGUGGGCAGCCGAACAUAGAGGACUCGAAUAUAUUGACCGAAAGACCUCACACGAUAUCCAGUGCCUACGAGAAGGGCCAUCAAAGGCCCCAAUUACAGCCCUACACGUUCCAGCCUCCGUGUGAGAGUAUCAAUGAAAACGAGAAUGAGACGGAUACUUUGAGUCGGAAGCCUCCGGUUCCACAACGAUGUGUCUCGUUGGAUAUGCAGCAGCGACCGGUGCCCAAAGGCAAAAAACCAAUGAAUCCGCAGAUCUUGGCCCAGAUUCGCGGAACAAAUGCCAGUUUGCCCAACUUCAACACUAGUCGUGAAGACAUGGUUCUUCCCCAACCAGUGUAUAUGAACAUGAGUGAUUUGGCAGUGUUGGCAGCUCAGAAGGCUGCCGCCCAAAAUGCUCAAAGUCAAAUACCUGGGACCAUCGAAGAAGAAUCGCCAGAUCUCAAGACACCAACUGCGGAAGAUCUCAAUCAGAUCCCAGGACAAAAGAGUGUUAUUGCUAAUGGCGAUGGAGGAAGUAGCACGAGUGAGAGCUCAUUGGGAUCAUCUAGUGGUUAUGGAAGCCAAAGUACAGUCCGUAUGGAAGAACAGCAACAACAACAACAACAGCAGCAACAACAGCAGCAGCAACAACAGCAACAACAGCAGCAACAGCAACAAUCACAAUCUAAUGCGUCGCUUCAAGAAGGCUAUCAUCCACCUAUGCCCUCACCUGCACCCCUCUUGGAUUCGAACCGAUAUCAUUAUGCUACCAGUGAGUCAUGCUAUGGACCCUCUUCUGUCAAUUCACACUACUAUGCUUCACAGCAUUCGCACUAUCCGAGAGUUCUGGUUCAUAGACCAUUUUCGUUUACCCAUGGAGUUAUCCCGGAGGGUCACGAGCCAGGAUCUACUAUGAGCCAACAUAGUAUGGCUACUUUGAGGAGAAACCAUUCGACUGCAUCCACUCUGAAACCGCCUCCUCCACAACGACGGCCCUCCUCCACUUUGAGGGAUGAGCAUUCGCCUCCACCACCUCCAGCGCCAACCUCUGGAGGGAGCAAUUCCUCCACGCCCAGGGGGUCCAUGGAACAUCUCCCACCUCCACCUCCUCAUCUACUUCAGUCUGACGAAGAAGGCGACCAUGCCGUUAUCAGUCAGCGAGGUCUUAGUGUGGCCGAAAGUGUGAAGGCCCUUCAGAAGUCAGGUCACUUGCCGUGUUCACCCAAAACCCUGCGGCGGGCCCAUUCGGUCGCGGGUGGACAGAGCCCAUAUCAGCUCCAGCAACAAAUUCAACAACAAAAGCAACUACAGCAACCACCAAAGCAGGAGCAAAUCUAUGCUCCCGUGGCCCAUUUGCAGCAAAAGAUUCACCAAAGACAGCUCCUCCAGCAGCAAAGCCCUGAGGGCGACAAGUACGGGUUUGGAAUGCAGUUCCACCAUCAUCAGAGCCAGUUUUAUCACCACAAUAUGCAACCACCAGCGGGCAUGGCCACCAAACCUGCCUCGGAUACGGUCCCUCAACAAUUCGGAGUGGCCGCCCAUGAUCAGAUUAUGCGGGACAUUGACGCCAAACUC